UUUGUCAGAGUGGCAGCCACGCAAGUCUCUGUUUCUCUCUAAAAGAAAAUUCAAACUGAGUUCAUCAGGUGUUUCUCAACAACACAGCAGAGUCUCUGCCAAACACUGAUAUGGCUGCUGCAAACUAUCUGCGAUCUGAAGAUCAGUUUCUGUGCUCCAUCUGUCUGGAUGUGUUCACUGAUCCAGUCAGUACACCAUGUGGACACAACUUCUGCAAAAACUGCAUCAAUAAACACUGGAAUACUAAUGACCAGUACCUGUGUCCGAUGUGUAAAAAGGUUUUCAACACAAGACCUGAACUGCACGUCAACACUUUCAUCUCUGAGAUGGCUGUUCAGUUCAGACAGUCAGCUCAACAGAAAACCAGCAGCAGCAGCUCAGAGCAACAAGUGUCCAAACCAGGAGAAGUUCCCUGUGACAUCUGCACAGGAACCAAACUGAAGGCCCUGAAGUCCUGCCUGGUGUGUCUGGCCUCCUACUGUGAGACUCACCUGGAGCCUCAUCUGACAGCUUCACGUCUGAAAAAACAUCAGCUGAUCGACCCUGUGGAGAACCUGGAAGACAGGAUGUGUACGAAGCACGAUAAACCUCUGGAGCUGUUCUGUAAGACCGACCAGACAUGUGUCUGCAUGCUCUGCCCCGUUUUAGACCACAAGACACAUGAGUUUGUUCCUCUGAAAGAAGAAUAUGAAGGGAAGAAGGCAGAGCUGGGGAAGACAGAGGCUGACAUCCAGCAGAUGAUCCAGAAGAGACGACUGAAGAUUCAGGAGAUCAAACACUCAGUUGACCUCAGUGAGGAAGAUGCAGACAGAGAGAUAGCAGAAGGUGUUCAGGUCUUCACUGCUCUGAAGGAGUCUGUUGAGAGAGGCCAGGCCAAUCUCAUCGACACGAUCAAAGAGAAGCAGAAAACAACAGAAAAACAGGCCGAAGCUUUCAUCAAAGAGCUGGAACAGGAAAUCUCUGAGCUGACGAAGAGAAAGGCUGACGUGGAGCAGCUCUCACGCUCUGAAGACCAACUCCACCUUCUUCAGAGUGUCCAGUCCCUGAAAGCUGCUCCACCCACCAAGGACUGGACAGAGGUCAGCGUCCAUCCAUCAUAUGAGGGGACUGUGGUGAAAGCUGUGGCUCAGCUGGAGGAGACACUCAGUAAAGAGAUGAAGAAGCUGCUUGAAGAUGAGAUGAAGAGGGUCCAGCAGUAUGCAGUGGAUGUGACUCUUGAUCCUGAUACAGCUCAUCCUGAUCUCAUCCUGUCUAAUGAUGGGAAACAAGUGAAUGAUAGUGAUGUGAGGAAGAAUCUCCCAGACAACCCAGAGAGAUUUUCUGAUUGUGUAUGUGUUUUAGGAAAGCAGAGUUUCUCUUCAGGCAGAUUUUACUUUGAGGUUCAAGUUAAAGGAAAGACUGACUGGACUUUAGGAGUGGCCAGAGAGUCGAUCAACAGGAAGGGAGACCUCACACUGAGCCCUGAGGACGGUAACUGGACUAUAUGGUUGAGAAAUGUAAAUGAGUACGAAGCUUUUGAUGUCCCUCCAGUCAGUCUCUCUCUGAAGUCUCGGCCUCAGAAGGUGGGAGUGUUUGUGGAUUAUGAGGAGGGUCUGGUCUCCUUUUAUGACGUAGAUGCUGCAGCUCUUAUCUACUCCUUUACUGGCUGCUGCUUCACUGAGAAACUCCUCCCAUACUUCUGUCCUGAACAUAAUGAUGGUGGUAAAAACUCUGCCCCUCUGAUCAUCUCUCCUGUCAAUCAAGCUGAGUAGACUGAUGAUAUUUCAAUCAGGAGAGACUCGUAUGAAUUGAAUGAUGAUUUAUUACAAAAUGCACAAAUUAUGAAUAGUAACAGUCUUUGGCGAUUUAGACCCGAUGUGAAAUAAUAAAGGGGAAGUGAAGCUAUAGUAGGAUGUAGAAAUAUUCCCCCCGGGUCUAGACACUGGUGGUGGUGGUGGUGAAGACUGAUGCAGAUCCGAUGAAUGAAGUGGAGCAGGAUUACUCUGAUGUGAUGAAUCUGGAGGUGAUGGGGUGGUGGAGGGUCGCGUCCGUUAGUGCUGAAUGCUGACACUGAAAGCCAUAGAGGAGAAUGGUUUUUAAACUUUUGACAGCAGCAUGUGAUUGGUUGAGGGAGAUAUGGCAAGCUCUGAUUGGUCGCUGAAAAGAGAGACGCCCAUAAUCAGCUGACAUAGUAAUACCCCAUGAGAGAGAGAGAACCAGAAUGAAUGAGAAUGAAUGAGCUUGCACCCCUAGUCUUCCUGUCUGAAUUUUCGCAUAAGCUUCAUUUAAAUGAAAAGGUUCACUGUCAUAUAACAUAACAAAUAUACAUAUUCAGUAGCAAUAUACAAUGUAAACCUGUUGUCUUCAGAAUUAAUCUUCAGGGCUGUUUUUCUGACACCAUGAAAAGUCGACUGUUUAGAGAUACGUGGUUCUCACAGGACAGCGACGCUACAAACAAACGAUGAUCUUAUAGACCAUGAUGCAUUGCUGUAGAUUAAACUAGCCAACAGUAUAUAAAGGAGUUAAAAUUAGCACAACCUUAAACAUCUUCAGCCGUAAAAUGCAACAUACCCAUUAAUGCAGUAGUAAAUAUUAAUCCAGAAAAAUCAGAUAUAAAAGUAAAACACUGACAGGGAACAUUUUACUGCACAAUCAAUACUUUUACUUUUCAUACGUUAAGUACAUUUUUCUGAUAAAGACAACUACUCAGAUUCAAAAAUUUACUCUUUUGUACUCUUUCUGUGAUUAAUUAAGAGCUGAAUAAAUUAGCUAAUUAAUUUAUCAAUAAACAGAAAAAUGAAUCUGCAAAUGUUAAUCAAUUAAUUGUUCAUGUAAUUUUUUAAAGCAAAAAUUUCAAAAACGUCACAGAUUUCAGCCUCUCAGAUGUGAAUAUUUGGUGGUUUCUGAGUCUUUUAUCAAAUUAAACCAAAUAUCUUUGGAUAAUUAUAAAUCAUAAUGGGCAUUUGUGACUUUUUUGUGAUAUUUUAUGCACAAAGAGAUUAAUCAAUAAUGAAAAUAAUUGUUAGUUGCAGCAUUAGAGCUUUAAUUCUGUUUUAUAGGCCUACAUCUUUUCAGCUGUUGUUGGGUUUUAAACAUUUAAUUAGUAUUAAGUGAAUGAUUAAUGGUCUUUAUUUUUACCAGUUAUACAGUCAUCUGGUUAUUGAGUUUUAAUGUCUGAUAUGCAUUUAUGUUGUUAUUCAUUUAAUCAGUCAUCACUGCAAUAAAAUCCUGUGCAGA